AUCUUGAUCACAAUGUUUAAAAAAGCUAAAUCCACGUAUCACAGAGUCAAUGUUGUGAAUGAAGACGAUGUACUGAAUACUUGAGUCAUAUUACUGUAAAUGUACUGCAAUGGGAGAAGUUUUAAAGAGAAGGACUCAAACACCAAAUGGCGCCUGUUUGGUCCUCAUGCUCAAACCGUUUUGUUCUCGCCGCAACCAAACUUCUUUCGCUGCCGCCACUUUCACUCUCAUUCAUCUCCAUCACUAUAAUACCAUUCCUCAACCAUAUCCACACCACAAAUAUUCUGUUAUUUCUGCCAUUAAAUCUAGUUCCCAUAAGACCCAUUUGCUCCAAAUCCAUGCUCACAUUCUCACCACAACUCUCAUUCAACACCCCACUAUUUCUCUUCAUUUCUUAUCCCGUUUAGCUUUAUCUGGUCCCUUGCAAGAUCCCACCUAUUCUCACCGUUUCUUUGACCAAAUCAGCAACCCUUUUGUUUUCCACUACAACACCAUGAUCAGGGCUUAUUCCUUGAGCGACUCGCCUCAAAAGGCUCUUUUUUUAUAUCGAGAUAUGAGAAGAAAAGGCAUUGCUUCUGACCCUUUAUCGUCUUCCUUUGCUGUUAAGUCUUGUAUCAGAUUUCUGUAUCUUUUUGGAGGGCUUCAGGUUCAUUGCAAUGUCCUUAAAGAGGGGCACCAAUCAGAUACACUCUUGCUCACUUCUCUCAUGGAUUUGUAUUCACAAUGCCAGAGAUGUGACGAUGCUUCUAAGGUGUUCGAUGAAAUUCCCCAGAAAGAUACUGUUGCUUGGAAUGUGAUGAUAUCUUGCUGUAUUCGAAAUAAUCGGACCCGGGAUGCUUUGAGCUUGUUUGAUGUUAUGCAGACUGAAAGCUAUCAAUGUGAGCCUGAUAAUGUUACUUGUUUACUUCUUCUUCAAGCAUGUGCUCGUUUGAAUGCCUUGGAAUUUGGUGAACGGAUUCAUAGUUAUAUUACGGAACGUGGCUAUGGGGGUGUUCUCAAUUUGUCUAAUUCUCUCAUAUCAAUGUAUUCGCGGUGUGGUUGUUUAGAUAAGGCUUAUGAGGUUUUUAUGGGAAUGGAGAACAAAACUGUGAUUUCAUGGAGUGCAAUGAUAUCUGGUUUGGCAGUGAAUGGAUAUGGGAGAGAAGCUAUUGAAGCGUUUGAAGAGAUGCAGAGAAAUGGCAUUCGGCCUGAUGAUCAUACAUUCACGGGCAUCCUUUCUGGUUGCAGUCAUUCCAGAUUGUUAGAUGAGGGAAUGUCGUUUUUUGACCGAAUGAUCUCAGAGUUUAGGAUAACUCCAGCUAUCCACCAUUAUGGCUGCAUGGUUGAUCUCUUUGGCCGUGCAGGCUUACUUGAUAAGGCGUACCAGCUUAUUACGUCGAUGGAGGUAAAGCCAGAUUCCACAGUUUGGAGGACCUUGCUUGGUGCUUGCAGAAUUCAUGGUGAUGUUGCACUAGGUGAACGAGUUAUUGGACAUUUGAUUGAAUUGAAAGCUCAAGAAGCUGGAGAUUAUGUUUUGCUUCUGAAUAUUUAUUCUUCAGCUGGACAGUGGGAAAAGGUGGCAGAAGUGAGAAAACUAAUGAGAGAAAAAUCAAUCCAAACCACACCUGGUUGUAGCACAAUUGAACUGAAAGGAGUUGUACACGAGUUUGUUGUGGAUGAUAUUUCACAUUCAAAAAUGGUUGAACUUUAUCACACACUAGAUGAGAUCAAUAAGCAGCUGAAGAUAGCUGGUUAUGUUGUUGAACUUUCAUCUGAACUACAUAAGAUAGAUGACAAAGAAAAAUGUUAUGCACUCUCUUAUCAUAGCGAAAAACUAGCUAUUGCUUUUGGGGUUCUUGCUACUCCACCUGGCACGACAUUGAGAGUGGCCUCUAAUCUCCGCGUAUGUGUCGAUUGCCACAAUUUUCUGAAACUUUUUUCUGCAGUUUACAACCGUGAUGUAACUCUCAGAGACCAUAAACGGUUUCACCACUUCCGCGGAGGGCAAUGCUCCUGUAGUGACUAUUGGUAGAGAGAUAAAGGGUCGGUGAAAUGAUUGUGAAGAGCAAACAGAAAAUGGAAACUAGCUAAUAGCUGGUUUAUUGUUGAAGAGUAAGCUAUUCAUAGCUUACUUUUUCUGAAUCUGGCUGAUAGAUCAGGUAACUUUGUUUGUGCUGUACAUGAGAUUGAACAUCUGCCAAACACUGAAGGCCUGAAUUAGAAACAUGAAAGGGGUCAAUAAUAUCUCUAUCUGAGAAAUUUGGUGGUGCGUGAAAUUUUAUUUAUAUUAAAGGAGGUCUAUUUUUUGGUUAGUACAAAAUUACUGAGCAAGUGUCAUUUGACAGAAGACAAGGAAGGUUUGUCUUGUGGUUUUCAAGAGGAUUUUGUUCCACAUCUGCUUAUUUGGUUGUCAUGUUUCUAAGGAUCUCUAAAUCAACUACUCCGAGUGAUGUUUAAUUUUGGUGUAGUUCUUAUAUGACUUUACGAAUUACAGUGCCAAAUGACAUUCUGUAAAUUUGAUUUAUAGAAGAGCUUUUUUUUUUUUUA